CGUGUAGCACGGCGCUGAUUGACAGUUAGCGAACGACUGCGGACGGCGCAGGAUCUAAAACCGCGCUAGGCGCUGCUCUCCACGUUCGCUCGCUCGUUCUGCUCUUCUCUUACCCGUGGAUCUACCCGGUGCUUUUUCGUGGGGGAAGAACUCGAAACACGCAUAUUCCCGUGGCUGCCUUUGCCUGCCGGCCCGCGCGCAACAUAUACACCAACCUUCCACCUUCUGUCCGCCGGAGUUACGAGUGGCACACGCAGUAGUAGUUACGGUAAGGGAGGUGGGUCGGACGCCGUCUCGCGGACAGCUCUCUCGCGCGUCACCUCUUCUCUCACUCCUCUGCGUGACCGGUUCGUUCGUUCAGUAAUCGCCGCGAGGAGGAACGCGCUUCUUCUUCCGCCGCGAACUCUCCGUCGACGACGCGUAUUCCGCACCGUUUCUCCACCUUGUCGCGUGGAGGAUAUUGCCGCUGAUACGAACCGCGAAUCGCUCGGCGUGUUUAUUCGUUUAUCAUCGUAAAACAACGGGCAACCACAGAUAUGUAAUUUGGCGCGCGGUAACGCAAUAUUCGCAAACAAAGAGAGAGAGAUACAUCGUUGCAACGCCGAUACCGCCGCACCACCGACGCACGACUUUUCGUUCGUGUCGCGCGAAUACGCGACGACGAACGAACUCGGCUACCACCAAUCAUCCGAUUUAACCACAGUGGACUGUUGUUUGUCGCGUUUGUGCGACCUAUGCACGGGACUUUUCUGCUUCACCACCUUAACGACAGCCCGUCGUCAUCGUCCGACAGAAUUAUCGCGAAAGUAAUAUUGUCCGCAUACCGAGGAGAUAUCUUGGUUUCUUUGUUUCGUGCACAAGUUUUGAAGCAGCAGUGUGACGCGCGCGCGAUCGACGGCCACGCGAGUUAAGCCGUCCGCCCGUGUGCUACGCUCGAUUUCCCUGUCUCCUUUCGUUGGAACGAAACUCCAACGACAGCCUUGAUUUCGCGCCAAUACUCCAACGAAUACAUCGUAACGAAGGAUGUAAACGUGUUCCGGCAGUGACGUACGCAAACCUCUCCGGUGUUUACCCGUGCCGUUUUAUCUGUGAAAACAACAAUAAUAAUCAGUGCAGCCGAGAAUUGCUCUCCGACGGCCGACGUGAUAAACCGUGUGUCGAUUCAGAGCAGACAGCAGCGACGCAGCAGCAACAGCGAUAAUAUCCGUGACAACUAGAGAUCGAGUGAUACGUCGUGGUGAUACCAAUCAGUUUUCGGUAGAAACGUGAUCGUGAAUCCUGUCCGUCGGCAAACAGAAAUAAUCUGUCGUUUCGUGUCGUAUAUCGGUGAAGUUCGAUUUAGCCGUCUUUGAUAUCGACGACCAAGAGAAACUUAUUGCAAACUAUCGUCGAAUAUCCGCAAGCUUAACACAAAUAAUAAAUAACGUCGUACAGAGAAUCUAUGAAAGACCACGUGUUGGAAAAAGCGGACAACUCGAGCGUAUAAUGUGGCGAAACUGACACAUUAAACGAAGAGACACGCUCCGUGGGUGCUUGUUUUGGUCUGUGAGUGUCAACGGAACAUCCGGCGGUGUGAUCGCGACGAUGAGGAAGCACGUGUGUCCGGCCGUAGCCGUAGUCCUGCUGCAGCGUUCAAUCGCGCGUGCUGAGCUCUGCUGACGCUCGCUUCGAUUUCUUGCCGUCAUACAGAGUAUCUCGUGUCGCCGGUCGACUCGGAUCCGGGGAUCGUCGAGGACCGACGGAGCCAACAGCACACGUUAAUAGUGGUUAAAGUGCAGUAGAACAAUCGUCAAGUGCUGUGGGCCCGUUUUAUUGCGAGCCGUCGGCCGCGUCUCAUCUUUGGACAAUACUGCGAUCCAUCAUUGCGACGCAACGAAGCUAAGAAACAGAAAUUUGGAAGCCCAUAGCGAAUUAUUCGAGAACGGACGUUUGCCCUGGCGACGCUCUAGCGUCGUUCUCUCUUGGUCGUUCUGUGCAUUCGACGAAGGCAAUAAUCCGCGAGUCCUCUGAGUGUGACGAACGGGAAACGGGCAAACCGAUCGCCCCGAUAAGGCGAAUCGAAAAGUGGGGAAACCAGUGUGUGUGAAGUGUUCGAGGUUACUUGCUUAUACUGUGGGAAAAUACAGCCGCUACGGUGGCUCAGCACGCAGAGUUCCCCGGCGCGGCCAGGGCGUUCAUGGCGCAGCCAAGGUAUGACGACGGCGGGCUGCACGGGAGUUACCUCGAGGGCGGAGGUGGCGGAGGUGGCGCAGGGCUGUACGAUCCGCACGGGAGCGCCCGAGGUGUACCAGGUCUCCAUCACAGUCCACACCUCGGAAGUAUGGGACCUGCACAUCCCCAGUAUCCACCGCCCCCGCCGCAACCACCCCAACACGUUCUCGCGGCGGCAGCCGCGGCUGCAGCAUCUGCGGUACCCGAUGUCCACAAACGCGACAAGGACGCGAUUUAUGGACACCCCUUGUUCCCGCUUCUUGCGUUGAUUUUCGAGAAGUGCGAGCUGGCGACGUGUACGCCGCGUGAACCUGGCGUCGCGGGCGGUGACGUAUGCUCGUCAGAAAGCUUCAACGAGGACAUCGCUGUCUUCUCUAAACAGAUCAGACAAGAAAAACCCUAUUACAUCGCGGAUCCGGAGGUCGAUUCGCUGAUGGUACAGGCGAUCCAGGUCCUCCGGUUUCACCUCCUCGAGCUCGAAAAGGUCCAUGAACUAUGCGACAAUUUCUGCCACCGGUACAUCAGCUGCUUAAAAGGAAAGAUGCCGAUCGACUUAGUGAUCGACGACAGGGAAAGCUCGAAACCGCCGGAGAUCGGGAACGGUCUAGACGGUGGCGGACCAAGGAGCACCGCUGACAGCACCAGCCACACAGACGGAGCCAGCACGCCGGACGUCAGGCCACCCUCCUCGUCACUCUCGUACCCCGGUGCGGGUGGUAAUGACGACGCACGCAGCCCCGGAAGCGGGGGCACACCCGGACCUCUCAGUCAACAAGCGCCCGCAAGUUUGGACUCCUCGGAUCCUGACGUCACGGGUAAAUGGUGUUCGCGUAGAGAAUGGAGUUCGCCGCCGGACGCGCAGCGAGCGGCGAGCGACGCGCGUCGUGGCGUUCUUUACUCUUCCGUCUUCCUCGGUAGCCCCGGUGACGCGAGUAACGCGAGUAUCGGCAGCGGCGAGGGCACCGGUGAGGAAGACGAUGAUUCGUCGGGUAAGAAGAACCAGAAGAAGAGGGGUAUCUUCCCCAAAGUCGCGACCAAUAUCCUCAGGGCGUGGCUGUUUCAACACCUCACGCAUCCGUACCCUUCGGAAGACCAGAAGAAGCAACUGGCUCAGGACACGGGGUUGACGAUUCUCCAAGUUAAUAACUGCUUUUCUAUGGUUCCGUCCUGUAACUUGAUGGACAGCACGAUGACGUUACUGUUUAUUCGUGGCAUUAAUAGGGUGGCGAUGAAAACAGGGGUUGCAUAUGUUGCACGAUGUUUCCGCACGGGGUUUAUCAAUGCGAGGCGUAGAAUCGUCCAGCCCAUGAUCGACCAGAGCAAUCGAGCCGUGUUUCCGCCAUUGUCCGCAGGUCCGAGCGGGGCGUACAGUCCGGACGCGACGAUGGGUUACAUGAUGGACGGACAGGCGGCGAGCAUGAUGCACCGGCCGCCCGGUGAUCCCACCUUCCACAAUCAGUACCAUUACCCGCCAGAGUACUAUGGACAUCACUUAUAAAGCAGUAGUCGCAAAUGAAGGUAGGCGAUGGAAUGACGGUUCUUGCGGAACGGGAAACGUAGCAGCGUGACGGAAGCGCAGCGUGCUCCGGUUGGCGUUUAGAGCAAGGUGCACGGGGGCAACGAGGAGCGAUUCGUCGCCUCCGGGGCGUGAUCGACGCGGAAGCGGAGAGAUAUUUCUCGGCAGCGUCGCACGUCGAGGCUCGUGGUGCCCGGCUGUUCGAGCCAGCGGACGGUGGUAGCGGAAAAACAGCCGUCGGUCCAGUUGUGGCUCGGAAAUCGAGUAUCGAGGCGGGGCAAAAGAAACUCGUGAAGAACAGGAGAAAGAAAGAAAGAGAGUCAAAGGACGGCGGAUUCGUUCGCCAAAGCAGAGAAAGGCUCCGUUCACGGAGAAGGGCCGACACGGGGCGUGAGGAACGCGUGGAACCGGAAGCAAGAUGGCUGGAGAGAAAGAGAAAAGAAAACAAAUGGCGAGAGACGCGCGGCUUGAAGGGACGAGAGUACGAGGAGCCGCGUAAUACGAUGGAAAUUCAUGUGAUUGUUCUGUGUACAAAUGUCGCGGUGUAAUAUUGUAGUGAUCGAAGAAUUUAAAUGUUAAAUUUUAAUACGGUCGCGAUCGAGCUAUUAUUAAUUAACGAUUAUAUAGAGAGGACAUUGGGGGCUACGAAUGAGGUAACCUCGAACAGAGUGAUAUAGGCAAUUUCUAGCGGGCAUGUGUACAUUAAGAAUGAGUGGUAAGAAAAGCGGGAUAAAUAAAAAGGUAGAAAAAUACAAGUAACGAAAGUGGUAGAGGGGGUUGCAGAAUUAAGGCAAACUCGGUGCUCGCGAAUUCAGAUCCGAUUUAAUUAAUAGAUAGAUAUCCACGUGCGGAGAGAGGCGACGAUACGGAAAAUUCGGGAGUUCUGAAGGCACGAUACAGGGAGAAAUUACGGAGAAUGGAAUUCAAUAUGAUCGAACGGUAUAUAUAUAUGUAUAUAUAUAUACACACAAACGCGCGCGCGCAGAUGCGCUUCCAUGUGUAUAGAUAUAUAUGGGUGUAUAAAUAAAUAUAUAUAGGGAAAAGAAUUUUAGAUACGUGGUGGGUGGCGUUUCGGAAGCCUACUAGAAAAUGAAAAGAGAGGAAGGUAAGUGCGGGGAAAAUUGAGAAAUAGUCUGUUCGAAUGUUUAACAAACGCAUGUACGCGCGAUCAAAACGUAAAUGCGAAUCCGAUAAUGAAGGGUGCGAGGGUAAAGAAUGUAGGCAACGUGAGGAACUGAAUGGAACAAAUUUAAGAAUAGAGGAACAUAAUCGAACGAAACAAAAGGACGCAGCAGAACAAAAGAGAAACUUUUAGGACAGAAGAAUGAAAUCGACGCGUGUGCCGGACUCGAGCGUCGAUCACAUUCACUUGCAUAUAUAUAUAGGUGACAUUGAAAUUUGUACAGUUAUUAAUUAUAAAUGAAUUUACUAAUUAAAGGAAGGAGUUAUCAUAUAAUAUAAAUAUAUACAUAACAGACACACACACUGAAGUAACAUGUGCGCCCCCUGCCUCCCCCGAUUGUAAUAUAUAUAUACAAGCAAGCGUUUUAAUUGGACUUUGGGACGAUAAUUAUUCUCGUGUGUGUUGUGCCGUGUUCGAUGUGCGUACUGGACCGAGGAGACGCGUCGAAAAAAUAAAAAAAGAAAAGAAGCGGGAAACAAGAAUAAUAGGUAAAAAAAGCAAAGAAACGGGUGGCAAAAGCGGAUAAAGUACACCGAAACAGACAUGAGGAUGGUGCACGAAAAUAUGUGAACGCGAGAAAGGAGAAUAGUAUACGCAAGCGACAGUUGGUGAGGGAUUAUAUAUAUUUAUAUAUAUGGAAAAUGGUAUAUAUAUAAAUAUAAAUAAAUAUAUUUAUGUAUAUCCAUAUACACAUAUAUACACAAAAAUAUAGAUACCUGCGAGAGGAUCAGACAGUUCUUCAUCAUUCUACUCGAUGACACAGUCAGAUCUCUCCUCCCCGACCUGUCCGACUCCACACAUAUAGAAAACGAUACACACGAGUAAACACACACAUACACAUAUAACAUAUACAGCGAUACAGAGGAAAACACGUAGACACAGGCGCGCAUAAACUGAGCGUUAUUACCCAAGCCCCGUCUCCCCGCACCGUAAGGAUAAUUACGAAAGAAAAGGAACUCGCGAGAAUCUAAAAACAGGCGAACUACAUACGAUCUACAAGUUUAAUUAAUAUAAUAUAUUGUGUAUAUAUAUAAAUAGUUAAUUGAACCGCGGCGAGCGUGGGAAGGGAGAAGGGCAAAGGAAAACUCAAGAUUGGCAAGGCUUCACGAGAGAUGUUCGCGACCGCGCAGAAUUCUCUCGCUCUCGUCUUUCCGCUCCUUUCUUUUCCUGUUGUUUUCUUCUCCUCUAGCCGCGCCACGGGGAGGUGAAAGGGCUCGGUAAUAAACGGAGAAUCUGUGGACCAGUGAGAUCCUCGGCGAACAGUGGAGGUUGAAUCGGGAAACACGUGCGACAACGAGGAGUAUCGUAUUGGAACACAUUGGUUGGUUUCUUUCGUUCUCGUCUUUUCUUGGUUUGUAAUCCUUCCUUUCUCCAAUUAGUCACUUUUUGGACACACACACACACAUACACACGCACACACACACACAUACAUAUAUAUAUGUAUAUAUAUUUAUAUAUACAUAUAUAUAUAAUAUAUAAUAUAUAUAUAUAAAUGAAAUAAAUAUCAAGAGCUUAAAGAAGAUACUAUUUAUUUCAUUCAGUACUAUUAAAGAUAGUAAUCGAGACGAAUGCCAUGCCCUUUUUUAUUCAUCUGUGUCUCGAAACAGAACGAAUUGGCCCUGUAAGACGUAAUCCUUCUAGUUUGGUUUCAAAGAGGAAAAAACCUGCCCAUCGAUUUAAUUUCUGUAUCAGUGGGAAAGUUUCUAGGAAGACUUCCUACAAUAUAGCAGUGAAAUUCUCGAGUAAUCGAACGACACCGCAUUGUGCCUCGGGCAAAGAGAAACAUUGAAAAUCAAUGAAAUUUCGAGUAUUGCCAACGAUUCAAAAUUGGCUGCAUCUUCGUCGAAAUUUUUUCCAUUUCCAGGAAUAAGUUUGGAAACGAGAUAAAAUUUUUCUACGAAACUGUUAAUCGGUAUUCAAAAUCUAUCGAAAUGCCAUUAGAUUCUCGAAAUAAAUGCAGCUCGUGACUGUAAUCGCUGUGUAUAUUGGAUGGAACGAGCCUUGGAACUGUCUCGAAACAGAUCGUCGAAUAAAAUCGCAACUAUAAGAUGGGCCACUUCGAUCUCGACACUUUUCUCGACACAUUUCUCGUCCUUCCCGUACCGUUUUCAUUUUAGAAAUUACUUACCCCGUCGUUCAUACAAUUUUUUUAACAAACUAAUUGACGCAGUUACGAUGCUGAAAAUUUCUUUAGUGAACAAUUUUUAUUUCGUUACGAAUAAUUUUCCAAACAUUGAUUCAACGUUUAAUUCUAUCCGAUAGACAAGAAACGCAGAAAAGAAUCGAAGAAAGAGAGAAAGAAAGAAGCGACACGCGCAAAGAGUAUACACAAGCGAAGCGAAUUUUUGUGAUGUAAGGAUAAAGGAGAGAGAACAUGAAUUAGAGAGAAAGAGUUAAAAAUUUAAUUAAAUUAAACGUCGAUUAUAAAUCAACGCGUGGAAGGAUGAAUAGCGUGAAGUUCGAAAUAGCUUGUCCUAGGUACCUGUCGAUAAUCGAGUGAAUUACUCGAUUAGCGACAGAUAACAGAAGAAACGGAAUGCAGGUAAAGAGAAGGGAUACUGUGAGAGAGGCUUAAGAGAAAGAAAAUGCGAACGAACGAAAGAAACGCAGAACAUACGAGACAAAUUUUAUCGAUAUUUUCAAUACGCCCGCAUACACGCAAUUCUUGUAUAAAAAUUUUAAUGUAAACACACUGCUCUUACCGCGAGUCGUGACGUUCACGAGAAAAUCGAUGCUGUCGUUUUUCGUUACUCCUGUUUGAUCUCAAAAUACGAUCUUUCAAAUUGUAUUCGCGAGAAAAAUCAAUCUUUUACGGGACGAUAACGCGAAACGACGCUCGAUUUUUUUCUAGCCACGGUCGAGCGGCGUAUUAGUAUACUGAAAGAAAAAAAAAAAAUGAUAACCUACGUAUACCGAAAGACUCAGGUGCGAGAGAAGUCAGUUAUAGGUCCUGGUUAAUUGGUGAAAUUCCCGACACUCGUCGAGAUCCAUCGCGACCGAUUUUCCGAUCGGUGAGCGCGAGCACGCGUGCGUAGCUCCUCUUCACGAAUGCGACAAUCGAUCGUGCGAUCCUUCAUCCGCGAAUUUUUUUCCAAAUUUCGACAAUUCGAAUCUGUCACUUGAAACGAAAAAUACGAAAACUAAAAAAGAAAUGUAUAAAAAAUUGAAAAGAGAAAGGCAGAAGCAUGAAAACGCGUUAGCACCACGUUUUCCCGGUUGAAAUUUCUCGACGACCUGGUUACCUGGAUACAUCGUAUACGAGAAAACGCGAAAAUAGUAGAAUCUCGCGCGUUCGAAAUCGUCCCGCGGCUACGAUGUGUUUUUUAACAUUUUGAUGUGAAUUCUUCCAAUGUUUUUAGUAAGAGCUUUUUACGACUCGGGACUGAGACUUUAUACCAUUUUACUGAAUAAGCAGCGUUGUUCCCGUAUACGUGGAAUAUUUACGUUGAUAUCCGAAUUGGAUCUUGUCGAUGCUAGAGGGGACGAUUUCGCGACGUCCGGUGAACAAUCGUAUAAUACAUAAUCGAUUAUCAAAUACGAGACAAUCAUGGAGACGAACGCGGAUGAUAGUCGACGAAAUGAUGCGUGAUCGAGCACUAUCGAAGUGAACCGGUGUUACGAAUUCUAUUUGUUGAACGAUAUAUUGUUUAAUUUUGUUAAUGACCGCACCGUCGAUCGUAUUCGAUUCCGCGCCGAUUCGUCGUCGCGCAUACGAGAAAUUUCAAUGGGAAUCUUUAGCUAGAGCCUUAUCAAAAUCGUUUUACCAAAAAAAAUAAAACAAAAUUUCCAAACAGAUGAAAUUAUAAAUCGAGAAUAUAAAUUAGUAACAUUGGGCCGCCGUUUCCGUCUGUGAUGAAUUUCUCGAGUAGAUUGAUACACGGUAAAUGUCCCGAUUUACCAGCGACUAGGGACUACGACAACGACGAUUAAAUUAUUUUUUCAUGAAGAAGAUCGAUGUCCGAUGAAAACCCCGAUGGAACAUACGCCGGUGGAACUCGUCCAUGCGCUCGUCGGCGCAUUUCCGUAGCAGCCUGCGAAAGUGCAACGUCCAUGGUGGACUCGCGUACGAACACGACUCCGUCUUUUUACCCCGCUCGCUGACACACCACCCCCGAGGUCGGAGAACGCGAUCAAUAUUUUCGUGGAAAUGCCUGGCGACGCGUUACGCGGCGAAGAAAAGAGUAAAGGGGGGUAGAGGGAAAGAGGAAUAAACAAAAAUAUGGAAAAUAAAAGUAGGAUCGCAUGAACGAUUAACGAAAAGAGCCUAUACAAGGGGUGCGAGAUGUAUAGGCGUGUAAAAAGGGAAAUGAAAGAACGAAAGAAAAGAAAACAUAAUGUUGUAGCGCUUAUGAAAGGAAUGUGAAGACGGCGGCGAACGGACGACGUUUAUUGGCUGUUCGUUUUCUAAAUAAGUUCACCCGAUUGAAUGAAUCAUCGCCUUAAAAAUGUAUACGAAGUAACAGUAAGGUAUCUAAGUAAUAAUCAUGUUAGAAGGUAAAGAAACUUAAAACAAAGAUUUUAUGAGCGACGACAAGAGCGGCUAUAGGGCAACGAGAGAACGCGAGUGAGAAUGAGAGAGAAAGAGUCUGAGAGAAAUCGAGUGGUAGCGAGAUAACGGUGCGAUCGAAGAAGAAAUAAAUGUGUAUGAAAGGAACACGUGAAUGAACGAGCGAAUGGAAUGAAGCGACUAGGAAGAAGUGAUGGACAAGGAAGAGAUGGCGCGAAAAUGUAAAAAAGGGAGAAGGAAGAGUAAUGUAUAAUUAUCGUGUAAUUACGAAAGAACGACGAUAUUAGCAACCGCGUCGCUGGCGUUGGCGACGAUGAUCAUAAUGACGACAGCGAUAACGAGUGUUGGGCGGGGUUUGUCGGCCACCUGAAGAUCGUCACUAAUCGUCAUUAUGAUCAUCAAGCGAUAAAAUGAUUACGAAAUAAUGCUGAUGAUGAUGCUAUUCACAACAAUGAUGAUACUGAUGAUGAUAUAUGAUGAUGAUUAUGAUUAUGCUGAUGGUGACGAUGAUGUGUAUAGUAAGCUAAAAAUUUAUUAUAUCGGUAUGGAAUCAGAUUUUUUCAACUGUUUGCGUAUUGACGACCUAUUGACACUCUUAAGUAAAAAAGAUUUAAAAAUGCAAAAAUAAGAGGAACGGUAAAUAAAUUGAACAAAAAAAGAAAAAAAAAUGGAAAAAAAGAAAACUUAAUCGAAUCGAACUGUGUUCUGUAUUUGUGAAAUCGGGAAAAAACACCGUUUCUUCGAUCGUUGUUUCAGCACGAUUGUGAUAGCGCGACGACGCGGAAAUUACGAUACGCGUGUGGUCGUGCGGGAGGUGGUUCCUCCUUCGACCCCUCGAGAAUCCCCGGGGCGAGGAUGUUCGUUGAUCCCUCGCGUCGAUCUACGUAUAUUCUCACCUCUCUCUCGAGCAAUUCAAAGCGAAAGAGAGAGAGAGAGAGAGACGCGUGUGAAACGGAACUAAAGGAAACGCGUAGAAACAGAACAAAACACAGUGAAACGGAAACUGAUACCUGUCGAUGUAAAAUAUUAGUAUUAACAUAUACGUGGGAUUACGUGCACACACGCGUCCAUCCGUUAACAAGAAAAUGUGUCUGGACACGCGCGUACACGCGUCCCCGGCUUGCGUAGAGACGCGUGACGGCGUCUCUGGCAUAGAGGGAACAGAGUCGAUCAAUCGCGUGAAUUGGCCCGGAUCGAUUGUGUUCAAAACACUCACGGAUCGCAACGUGAUGACGAUGAAAGGAAGGACGAUGUCAAAGGUGGUCUAUGUUAGAGAGUGUCCAUUGUAUAGUGUUUUUUUGAAACGUGAGCAUUAAAUGCUACAUCUUGUGUA